UUAUUUUUAUAAGCACAGAGCCUGCAUCUUUGGCUGCGUUUGUCUGUGGCCACUGAUCCAGAACCACUCGGUUGACUUCAACCCGGCCACACAUUCCGGAGCGCGGACCAAAGUCAGCCUUCGCCGAGCGUGCAGCAGCUCCGCGUUUCCUUACGGCCUGGAAUUCUGUGCACGACCUGUUCAUGUCAGUGGUGGUGUCCAAAGUUUAUGUUCUGUGGGCCAGUCUGGAAGACGAAAUUACAACAUUACGACAAGUAUUAUCAGCGAAAGAAAGGCAUCUGGUUGAGAUAAAGCAAAAACUCGGCAUGAACCUGAUGAAUGAAUUAAAACAGAACUUCAGCAAAAGCUGGCAUGACAUGCAGACCACCACUGCCUACAAGAAGACACAUGAAACCCUGAGUCACGCAGGGCAGAAGGCAACUGCUGCUUUCAGCAAUGUUGGGACGGCCAUCAGCAAGAAGUUCGGAGACAUGAGGUCCCACUCCAUCGGCUACUCCAUUCGCCAUUCCAUAAGUAUGCCUGCAAUGAGGAAUUCUCCUACUUUCAAAUCAUUUGAGGAGAGGGUUGAGACAACUGUCACAAGUCUUAAGACGAAAGUAGGCGGGACGAACUCGGGCGGAGGCAGCUUUGAAGAGGUGCUCAGCUCCACUGCCCACGCCAGCGCGCAGAGCUCGGCGGGCGCCCCCCGGCGGGCGGAGGAGGAACUGCAGUGCUAGGGCUGCCAGCCCAAGCCCAUCACCCCGCGCACCCACACGGAUAUGAAGACCAAAAUCCCACUGCAGAACCCAGGCCUUGACCUUCAAAUGGCCUCUCCACAAAGUUUCAUAAAGUGAUUUCCAUUUGUAUUUGUGUUGCUAAUGGACCAUUCGACCGCACCCUUAAGUAGUCACAGGUGGCCAUCUUUUCAAAUGUCCUGGUUUGAGCAGGUACGAAAUUGGUCAUGACCCUUCUCGUUGUGUAAUUCAGACAUAUUUUUCAAACAUAGGCUCUUGUUUGCUUUGACUUUUGCUUGAACGCCAUUGCCAUACGCAUGUCUCUGAAGGCUGAGUGAGCACCCCCCUUCAGUUCAGUCUGUCCACUGGGGGGCGCUGCCUCUGUCCCCAUCAAUAGGAUGACGCUGCAAAUUUCAUCAAACUGCUUGUGGUCCGCCUCACCUACAUUAAUUACACGUUUAUUUAAGCAAUUAAAAUAAUGGAUUUUAAUGGUGA